GCCGGACCCGAGCAGAGCAGAGCUAGGACGGCAGGAGGCCAGGCGGGAGCUGGGGAAACUGAGGCCAAGGCCGAGAACAGGGUCCCGGAGACAUGUUCCUGUUUAAUUCAUACCUGGGUGGGAGGGGUGGCGGCGGCGGCGGCGGGGACCCAGGCAGAGCUCUCGGGGGGCUGUUCGGCAGAGGCGGGGCCGGCGGCGGAGGGCCUGGGGGGGCCAUGGGCUUCCUAGGAGGCUUCAUCAGCGCCGUCAGUGAAGCUGCCGCCAAUUAUAACCCAGAGCCCCCGCCCCCUCGAUCCCACUUCUCCAACCUCGAGGCCGGUGAGAGUGAGGAGGACCGGCAGUUCAGGAGGCUCUUUGCCCAACUGGCAGGAGAUGACAUGGAGAUCAGUGCCUCUGAACUCAGGGACAUCUUGAACAAGGUGGUGACUCGACACCCUGACCUGAAGACCGACGGUUUCGGCAUCGACACCUGUCGGAGCAUGGUGGCCGUCAUGGAUAGUGACACCAGUGGCAAACUUGGCUAUGAGGACUUUAAGUACCUUUGGAACAACAUAAAGAAGUGGCAGGCUGUCUACAAGCGGUACGAUCUAGACCGCUCGGGGACCAUUGACAGUAAUGAGCUUCCUGGAGCCUUUUGGGCUGCAGGCUUCCAGCUCAGCCCAGAGCUGUACCGGAUGAUCAUUCGGCGAUACUCGGACGGGGACGGGCACAUGGAUUUUGACAACUACAUCGGCUGUCUCGUGCGCCUGGACGCCAUGUUCCGUGCCUUCAAGACUCUGGACAAGGAUGGCAGUGGUCAGAUCCGGGUGAACAUCCAAGAGUGGCUGCAGCUGACCGUGUACUCCUGAAGCCCAUGCGUAUGUCCACCUGGCUGGUCAUCAGCCUCCUACCACCACCCAGGACAGAGAUCCCAGGAAGCUACCCUCCCCCUCCCCCUCUCCUGCAUUUCUGCCUUUCCCCGUGUGGGAACCCUCUGGCACAGGCACCACCAAACACUGACGCUGUGUUGUCCCUGAGGUGCCCCUCCUACCCCCGACUCUACCACCAAGAUGUCCCUGUUCCCGGCUCAUCCCCAACCCCCUUCUAGCUCCAAAGCGUGCCAACCAACCACAUGUUUCUGCCCCCCAGCACCCCUGUAAACAUGGCACAUGCUCUAACAUGCCAACCACAUGCUUCCCAGCCUCCUUAGAAAUAUGCUCUAAUGUGCUGUCACCCCAAUAGACAUGCUGUAACAUGCCUGCCACUGCCCCUGCAAAUAUACUUUACAUGCUUCAACAUGUCAGCCAGGUGCCAUCACACUCUGCCCCCAUGGGGUUCAUCUGGUAUCUAGUGCCUUUUCCAACUCCUCAUGUGCUUCAGGCCCUCUCCCCUCCUCUCUGGGUGGGCCUGGGAGCAGGGGCAGGGCUUCUGGGCUGCCCCAAAGCCCAAAAUAAACAGUGGUCACAAGAAAAAAAAAAUUACAAAAAAAUAGUGUUUUAAUGAAUUAGAAAUAAAUCAUAAUAACAUUCAUUUUGAAAAAAAAGUCAAGAAUAUCAAAAUAAUGAAAAAAAGUCUAAAAGAUGGAGGUUUAGCAGUACCAGAACUUAAACCGUAUUAUAAGGCAGUAAUUAUUAAAACUCUCUGGCUAAGUAAAAGAAAGGUAGGUCAAUGAAAUAGAGUUGACAUCGAAUUUACAGCAGCAGAUAAACAUAGAAUCUUGCAUCUGGCAAGUGCAAAGAUUUAAGAUUUGGGAGUAAAAAUUCAUUAUUUGGUAAAAAAUAUUGGGAAAAGUAGAAGGUAGCAUGUUAGAAAGUAGACAUGGACCAAUAUCUCACAUCAUUUACAAAAUGGAUACAUGAUCUAGAUGUAAAGAGAAAUUUUACAAGAAAAUUGGAAGAACAUGGAACAUAUUACUUGUAAAACUUAUGGAUACGUGAACAAUUUAGGAAUAAACAAGAGAUAAAGAGCAAAGUUAGAUUAAAAAGUACAAUUUUGAUUAUAUUAAAUAAAAAAAAAA